CAGUCGAUGACUUUCUAAAGACAAUAUACUCACCCGAUUCCACUGCAAUAUACUUUCCAUGCUCAUCUGUGCACCUACUUCCUGUCUGAGUCUGCUUCCGUUACAAAGUGCUCUCUCCUCUCCUCAGCUGCAAUGAAGACCAUUGUGCUCAUUCUACUGCUUGUGGCUUUCAGCUCAGGUGAUAAAAUCAUUGGAGGUUAUGAAUGUCGGCCGCACUCUCAGCCCUGGCAAGUGUACCUCAGCGAUAAUAGAUUCUCAUGUGGAGGAUCAUUGAUUAAUGAAAGAUGGGUUAUGUCUGCUGCUCACUGCACAUUCAUAAAAAACGAUCUCCUCAUCCGCCUGGGAACCCAUAACUUGCGUGCUACUGAAAGCACAGAGCAGAGGAUCAGAGCAGAGAAGAUCAUCCCUUUCCCAAAAUACAAUAAUCGGCCUCAUAAUAAUGAUAUCACGCUGAUCAAGCUGAGAAAUCCUGCCACCCUCAACAAUUAUGUGAGGCCAAUCCCUCUGCCAAACAACUGCACCUCUGCAGGGGAGCAGUGCUUGGUUUCUGGAUGGGGCAGAACUGAAGCUGGCCCUGCUUCUGCCCUGCAGUGUUUGGAUUUGCCUGUAAUCUCAAACAAGCUUUGUAAGCGUGCUUAUGGUCCAUUAAUAACUAAAAACAUGUUCUGUGCUGGAUUCAUGCAGGGAGAGAAAGACUCGUGCCAGGGGGAUUCUGGUGGCCCUGUAGUGUGCGGCGGGAAACUGAAAGGUGUUGUUUCCUUUGGCGAGGGCUGUGCUAAACCGGAUUUUCCUGGGGUUUAUGUUGAGGUGUGCCGCUACACGAAAUGGAUCAAUUCCAUUAUAGCGAAAAACUAACUGUUUAUUUAGUCUGGUUGGCCCUUUACAAGUUAUAUCUGUAAUUAAGUCAAAGUCCCUUUAAAAGUCAUCCAAAUUUUUAAAAAGCCUCUCAGACAGCUGUUUCAGUCAUGCACGUACAGCUAUUUAAAAGAAGAAACAUUAAAUUCUAUAGCAACCAGAGAUAUCCACCUUCCUUUUUCUAUUUUUCUUUUGUAUUUCCUCCCAUUCACAAGUAAUUUGAGUGCAAAAUAUUUGUAUAUCUUAAUCUUUGAAUUAAAUUCAUCUUAAAAUUA